AACAUGGAAAGUGGGCGAGGUUGUGCAAUGUCAGACAGCCGAGUAUAAAUACCGCAGCCGCCUCCGCUUGGUAACACUCUCCACUCUCUCCCUGGGGCUCUGCAAGUUUCUGGUUAAGGCCAUUUACACAUCUCAGCCAAGACUCCCAAGCUACCGGAGCCGACCCAAAAAUGCCGACAUACAAGCUGACGUACUUCAACUUGAAGGGACGUGCUGAGCUGUCCCGCUACAUCUUCGCGUACGGGGACAUCAAGUACGAGGACCAGCGCGUGGACCAAGCCGAGUGGGCCAAAAUCAAGCCCACCCUGCCCUUCAAGCAGGUGCCUGUGCUGGAGGUGGACGGCAAGAUCAUCAGCCAGAGUUUUGCCAUCGCUCGUUUCCUGGCCCGGGAGGCAGGGGUCGCCGGCAAGACGAGUCUGGAGCAGGCCCAGGCUGACAUGUUGGUGGACACCAUCUUCGAACCCGUCGUGCUCAUCCCCUGGCGUGAACAGGACGAGGCUGUCAAGAAGGAGAAAAUUGCGAAACUGUUCAAAGACACCGUGCCUGGGUGGCUGGCCAACCUCGAAGCGUACCUGGGCGACAGCACCUGGUUUGUUGGAGAUUCGGUGACCUGGGCCGACUUCCAGUGGCACAUCGCCAGCGUGGUGCUGGACACGCUGAUGCCCGGCUUCCUGAAGGGGUACAGCAAGCUCGAAGCCCUGCGAGACCGCGUGGGCGCCCUGCCCAAAAUCGCGGCCUACCUGAAGGCUCGUCCCGUAACCCCCAUGUGAGAGUGCUCCUUUUCAAAAACAAACAAACAAACAAGAAUAAAAAAAAACGCCACUACAACAAAACUCUCGCGGAUUUCCGUCGUAAAAUUUACCUCAUUUCGUCCUGACCCCUACUCAGUGCAGCAGGUCCACCUGAUAAGUUUUUUUUACGGAUAUAUUUGUUCUCCUACUCUGCAUCAUGAGGCAGGCCACACGCGCACACAAAUGAAAAUUGUUGGAUGCACCGUAUUCCGAUCUGUGUCUCCCCAGGAAGGGAAGGUGCGGCCCUCAAUUUGUAGCCAGUGUCAAUUUGCAAAUCUGGUCACACCACAGACACAUGAUCACCUCCCAGAUUACAAUACGAAGCCUCAACUUUUUGCUUGUACAGGGAAGGGGGUGGGGGAUGAAGUGAAAAUCUGGUUUACUGGAAAUAAAAUGUGCAUUACAUAACAAAGCGAGAUGCUCAAUAGUUGGCCAUAAAAUGUUUUGAAAAACAUGCUUUUACAAAUUUGCAGGGUUACUUCGUAUGUUUAGUGAUCUUUUUUGAGCAAUUUACAUUUGCCACAACACUUUGGACAAGCCAACUGAAAUGCAGUGUCGGAUUGUGCGUGAGUGGAGUUUGCAAACCUGAAAGGCCGUGUGUUUAAGGGAGAAGGCUCUCAAAAAAUUCAUGCUAUGGGUAUGGUUUGUGAUGGGUGUGGUUGUAAAAUGACCAAUUGGUGAAGCUGGUGUUUUGGCAUCUGUUUAAACUUAUGCUGUAAUUUCUGUUUAGUGACUUUAAUAAAAUUAUUUGAAUACA